AUGGCUUCCGCAACGACCUUCUUCGACUUCACGCCCAAGGACAAGCUCAACCAAGACUACCCGCUCGCGCAACACAAGGGCAAAGUGGUAUUGGUGGUCAACACGGCGUCCAAGUGCGGGUUCACGCCGCAGUUCAAGGGCCUCGAGAAGGUGUGGAAGGACAUCUCGGAGAAGUACCCGGACCAGUUCGUGGUCAUCGGCUUCCCCUGCAACCAGUUCGGCGGGCAGGACCCGGGCUCCAAUGACCAGAUCCAGGAGUUUUGCCAGGUCAAUUACGGCGUCUCGUUCCCCGUGCUGGGCAAGACCGACGUCAACGGCGACAAGGCCGAGCCCGUCUGGGAGUGGAUGAAGGCCGAGAAGCCCGGCAUCAUGGGCCUCAAGCGCGUCAAGUGGAACUUUGAAAAGUUCCUCAUCGGCCGUGACGGCUCCGUCGUCCACCGCUGGGGGUCCAUGACCAAGCCCGAGAGCAUUGAGAAGGAGAUCAUCGCCGAGAUUGAGAAGGGGAAGAAGUCGUAG